AUGUUAUUUUUUGGAGAUAUCUUUUCUAACCAAGCUUCUGAUGAUACUCGACUGACUUUCGACAAGGUCCACUUUAAUCUUCAAGUUAUUGGUGUUAGUGCCAAAGUGACAGUCAGUCAUUAUUUAACUAACAACUCCAAUGCAGUUAUCUCUCUUCUUGUACAUUUUUCAUACGACUCUACUUGUAGUAUAACUGGAUAUUCUUUUAAAACCAAAUCUAAAGAAAUGGUUUCUUGUUUAAAAGAAAAAGAGAGUGCCAAACGUGCUAUUGCUGAUGCGAGGGCAAGUGGAUAUAACACCUCUUCUCUAGUACAAACAGAUGAAACGUCGUUUGAUCUUUCCCUUGAUAUAUUAAAUCCACAAGAGACAGUAGAACUCAAAAUAGAAUAUAUCACACAACUUUCGGUUGUCGCCGAUGAACUCCUUUUUACUCUUCCGAAAAAUUCUGAGCGGAGUAAAUCGACUAUUUUUGAUGUCGAAUAUUUCACGAACAAUCUUAAAAAAACUGUCAACAAAAUUCACAUAGAAAACCCUGAUUUAAAGGCCUUUGGUUACUCGCUUGGAAAAGUCCAACACGGACUUUAUGUGACUGAAGACGCCGAAACGGGAGAAAAGACGGGGAGUGCUGUCUUUGUGUCGAAAGAGUGUGACGGCCCUGUUGAUGUGAUUUUUGUAUGUGAUCGAAGUGGUUCGAUGGACGGAGAAGGGAUCACAGCACUCAAAGUUGCUCUUCAGCUCUUUCUACGACAACUUCCGGAGAACAGCACAUUUGACGUUGUAUCCUUUGGAAGUGAUUUUAAAGAGCUUUUUGGGAAGUUAGAAGUAUACGGAGAAAAGUCUUUUAAACUCGCAAGUGAGAAGGUGGCACAAUUUGAAGCCGAUUUUGGUGGGACAAAUAUUUUGAAGCCACUUUGUUGGGCAAUGAAAAGAAAGUGUCAAGUCAUCUUAUUAACAGACGGACAAAUUUCUGAAACUGAAGAAACCCAAAUUUUGAAUCUACUUGAAGAAGAAAAGGGGAAAUCAAUUGUCCACUGCAUUGGACUCGGGUCGGACGUCGACGGGAAUUUGAUCAGAAAAAUCGGGACUAUUGGCGGCGGCGUUUUUGAUAUUGUCAGAAACACCGAAAACUUGACAAAAAGUCUUUCGGAGAUCACCGCAAAAAUUCUUCGCCCAACUAUUUCUGAAGGGAAAAUUAGUGUUGAAAAUGGAGCAAAUUAUGAGGAAAAAGUGCCUCUUUUUGCGGGGAGUUUCCAGUGUUAUUUUGAUGUAAAAAAUGAUCAAAAGUGUAUAGCCACUUUACAUGGAAAAAACGGGAAGAAAGACGUAAAAUUGAUCGAAAAAGAAGUCAAUCGAAUAAAAGGGGAACUUCUUGGGCAAAUGCGGGCUGCCGAAGAGAUCAAAAAACUUGAAAUGCAAAAAGAGAAAAAUUUGUGUUUAAAAAAGUCCUUAAAAUAUAACAUUUUGUCGCAGUACACGUCUUUCAUAGUCAUCGACAAAAGUACUAAAACCGAAAUAGAAAACGUCAAGAAAAUAGAAAUAGGAAGACCAAAUUAUUGGGGAGAAAUUGAGUCGGAUUCAGAAGAGUUGGGCGGAUUUGGAGAUCUUGGGAUUGACAGCUAUGGCCAAGAUAUAAAGAAAGAAGAAGAACAAGAAGAUGAUUGUUGUAUUGAUGAGAUGUUCUGUGAUGCUGAGCCAGAGUAUGUCUUGCCCCAACAAGACACAAAACUAUUUGAAGGAUUCUCUUUUGUUGCAGAAGAAAAAGAGAAAGAAGAUGUUGGAAGCGAAAAGCAGUGCAAAGAAGAACAAAUCGAGUCUUUAGAGAAGAUAGAAAGUACUCAAAAUAUGGUAACUGAUAAAUUCCAAGCACUCGUGUGUAAACAAAACUUCGACGGAAGCUUUGAGGAAUUUUCAGAACUCUUCGACUUUGUUAAGAAAAUUUAUAACAAAUUCAAUAACAUCGAAAAGAAGUGUUUGGCAACUGCUUUGGCUGUGGCUGUGCUUAGAAAGUUUUUCUUUGAAAGAAUUGUUGAAUGGAAAUUACUUGAAAAGAAGGCUUUGAAUUAUUUGGAGAAGCACAAUAUAGAAGAACAAUUCAUUCAACAAAUCACAGCUGAUAUUUAA